CGCUCAGUUAAGAUCAAAGCUCUCUUAAUUUGAGAGAUUAGUGCUUAAAGCUGCUGUCUAGUGAAUCAAAAAACUUUUCACAAGCAGCGUAAUCGUAAUCUUGGCAUUUAUCAACACUGCUUGGAAUUGCAAUUGCCAAAGUAAAUCAGAGACUGACUAAAAGGAGAGAAGGAAGAGAACAAAUUUCUGAAAAAUGGCUGAAAAACCGGAUGAGAACAAAGUGAACCGUAUGAUGGAAUUGCUGCAGACGCUGAUCUCGAAGCGCGUGAGUCUGCACGAGUGGACAGUGCGUGCACUGCGCUGCUAUCACAACGCUGAGUACGACGAGUUUGUGCAUCUGCUGAAGAGCGCCAUUAAAUACGGCCCCAGCAGCUAUGCCAGCUAUCAGGCGGAUCUGCUGAAGGUGCACACGCUGCUGGCCGCGCACUACAUACGCAUGACACAGCAGGAGCCGACCUCGGCGCGUGCGCAGCUGGCGCAGCAGGUGAAGCAUCACAUGCACGCCAUAGACAGUUUGCCGGCGAGUGCAGAGUCCAAGGAGCGACGCCUGCUGCUCUGCCGCGGCUUUGCGCUGCUGCACCAGCCACAGCUGGCGGACCAAUAUUUCCGCAGCGUGCUGCAGCAGCAGCCGUACUGCCUGGGCGCGCUCAUAGGCUUGGCCUGCUUGGCCUACAACCAGGCGGAGUAUCGCGUGGCGCUGGGCUAUCUAAAGACGCUGCUGCUGCGCUAUCCGGACGCACCCGCGCACGUGCGCGUGGGCAUUGCCAACUGCUUGCUGCAGCUGGGCGAGCUGGAGCGCGCGCGCAAGUUCUUCACGCUGGCCAAGCAGCAGAGCCCGCACUGCAUUGAUGCGCUGCUGGGCGAGGCGCAGCUGAGCCUCAACAAAUGCGAGCGGCCGUCUGUUAUAAUGGGCAUUAGCUACGUCUGUGCCGCCUACGCAAUCAAUCAUCGCCAUCCGCAUGUGCUCAGCUGGCUCUGCACCUAUUUCUACUACAGGCGCGACUACAACAAUCUGCUGGUAGCCGCGGGCAAUGCGUUUGUCAAUGCGAAUACGCCGCAGCUGCGUGCGCAGAGCUGCUACCAAAUCGCGCGCAGCUAUCACGCGUUCAGGAACUUUGACAGAGCCUUCAACUUCUAUGGGCAUGCGGUGCGCAUGCGCGCCAAGAACUAUGCGCCGCCGCAUCUGGGACUCGCUCAGAUCUACAUACGCCGUCAGCAGCUGCAGCAGGCGUAUCAAGAGCUGCGCAUUGUGCUGCAGCUGCUGCCGCAGCAUCGCUUCUCUAUGCUGCUGCUCUCAACGCUUUACGGCGAGCUGGGCCAGCUGCAGCUAUCGGUGCAGACCUUUCAGCAGUGCCAGGAGGACAUUGCCAGCUGUCUGGGUCUAGCUGUGAGCUAUGAGCGCGCGCGGCUCUUUCCGCAGGCAAUUUCAGCGCAGCAAUCUGCCAUCAAUGUGUGGAGCAAGAAGCAAACCGCUCAGCCAGUGCCCAGCGAGUGGCUUAACAAUUUGGGCGCUCUGCAGUUUCACAACUCCGAACUGCAAGCAGCGCUGCAAACUUUUUGCAACGCUUUGCUGCAACCCCAAGGCAAACUCAAUGCGCUCACUUUGAUCUACAACAAGGCGCGUGUGCUGGAGGAGCAGCACUUGCAUCAGCAAGCGGAGCUGCUCUAUCUACAGCUACUGAAGAACUUUCCCAACUACUACAGCAUUCAUCUUCGCUUGGGCGCCAUGGCCUACAAGUGCAAGCAGUUCAAACGCGCUUUGCACUGCUUCCAAACUGUGCUGCAGCUCGAUAAGAACAAUGUGCUCGCCAGACAGUUCUUGGCUCAUUACUAUGUCCAGCUGGGCGAUAUAUCGCAGGCAUUGUUCCAAUAUAAUGUUAGCAUGUGUCGCGCAGAGCUCAAAAGCGAUUGCUACAUGCUCAUUGCUGUUGGCAAUGUCUGUCUCCUGAAGCUGCAAAAGUCGCUGGCGGAUGGGCAAGUCAUCCUGGCAGAGCAAGUGCUGCAGCAGGCUCUUAUGCUUUAUAAAAAGGCGCUGCAACACAAUGGGAGCAACUUGUGGGCAGUCAAUGGCAUUGGCGCCGUCUUGUGUACGCAGGGGCACCUCACGGUGGGCAGCCAGAUAUUCAAACAACUGACUGACUUUAAUGGCGGCGCUAUGCUGAACGCUGGACACGUUGCUUUGGAGCUGCAGCAAUAUACAGAAGCUAUAACAGCUUAUAGAAUUUGUUUGGAGCUGCCAGCUCUCCAUAUGCCAGUAUGGAAAAUAAGACAAUUGCUGGCCAGCGCACUGAUGGAGGACGGACGCCUGGAAGAGGCCAAGCAGGAGCUGUUGAAGGCGCGUCAUGUGGCGCCACAAGAUGACAAAGUCCUGCUGCAGUUGGCCUUGAUCAUAAAGCAGUUGGCAAGCGAUUCGUUCAAGGCUGAGUCUGCGGACUUUGAGCAGCUAAGCAGAGCUGAACGUGAACUAAGCAUUGCGCGCAGCAUCUUUCUGCACUUGGAGACAAAUCUAGAGCAUCGACAUACAGCUCAUAGGCAGGCGAAGAAAUGCGCCAAACUGCUGGAGCAUGCGCCAGAGAAGUUGCAGUUGCUCAAGCAGCGCACUGAGAUUGCAGUCCAGGAAAAUAAAGAAAAGAAGAAGCACAAGAAACACAAAAAACGCAAAACUAAGAACGAAGCUGGCACUACAACUAGCUAA